AUGUCUCAGAAAACAAAGAAGAAGCGCAUCCGGAACUGGACUGCCGAAGACCGAGCUGUCCACCGAGACUUCGAGAAGUCGCGUCGGGAAGCCUUUAGUGAAAGCCUUACGGAGUUGACUGAGUUGCUUCCAACACUUAAGCCAGAGCCGCGUCCCUCCAAGCACGCUAUUGUUGAUGCGAGCAUUACCUAUCAUCGUGCCCAACAAGCUAGGUAUCUUCAAGUCACGCAGGCACUGCAAUCCUUGAUGACCGAGCGCGACGAUCUUCUGCGAGAGGUUAACGGCCUUCGAGCCCUUUGUCAUCCUGGCACUUGCAUCCCGCGCCAAGCUAGGCCGGUAGAUCCCGCUGUGUUAGGGAUGCUGGGGAGUAAGCUUUUAGUUGUCGAUCCUCUGGCUGGAGACCAUGACUCCAGCGAGCAACAACCGGUAGCCUCUGAGCAUUUGGGUGGUUCUCCGUUGGCAAGCGAUCGACUAGGCCAGCCUCCCUCUACUGUGCCGCAGGUAUCAGCUCCCGUUUUCCCUGGUGGUAUGAGCAUGCCCCACGGGCCUGACCCUGAGGUCUCGUCUACUUUGGAAACGGGUGUGGGCGUAGUAGAUCUACCGGAAUGGGCGUGGGACCGCCCACCUAAAGUUUCACAUCAGCUUUCCAUUCCUUCAAAUAUCGCCGAUGAUGCGGGUCUUCUAUGGAACCAGCACCAGAUUAUCUCAACCACUACACCUCCAGAAGAUGUGGACCCAAGUCGUGACAUUGGGCCAUCGCAUCUUGUUGACAACUCGGCGUUAUUCUGGACCCAACAGGUGGGGAUGCUCAAUGAUACACCACCUAGAGACGAUGGCGUGCAUUACGAAAGCCCGGAGACGACUAUUUGGCCCUUGCAGCAUCUAAGUCUGAACGUAUUGCCAGAAGAGGCCCGCCGGACUACCAUGGAUCAAAUGCAGCAGUCAACAAUUUCAUUCAGCUCAGAUCUGAAAAGUCUAUCUAUACCCAUGGGACAAAUUGCAGGCAACGACCUAGAAAAUCCUUCUGCAACCAUGUGCUAA